ACUAAUCCUCCAAAUCCAUUUAUUUCUGAAAAUUGCAGCAAAAGCAAAUGUUGUACAUUCCCUUUAAGCAACGCUAUAAUGAUGUGGUUGUUCCCCCGAUUGCGUCAAUAGGUCCAAAGUUCAUAUUGACGCUUCAAUCGUGCAUGACCUUUUGAUCGGGAGUCUACGAUUUUUCUUUAAAUAAUUUAGAAUUACAUCGAGUACGCGAGGCAUAUAGUAUUACUGUAUCAAAUCCGCUGUGCAAACAGGGCAUGUCUGUGUAUCGUCCGUUGUGGUUGUGCCUUUCGUCAAAAAAUAAAAACUAUCUUUACAAUUUCCUGUUACUGUAGAAGUUGUCUAGUGUCUGAAAUAUGUUUCCGUUGAUCGCGGCGAUUCUUGUGGCUUGCAUAAGCGGAUUCUGGCUGGGAAUGCGACUGGUGUCGUACCUGAAAGCUCGCGUGGACCCGCGCGGCAAAGCGGUGCUGGUGACCGGGUGCGACACGGGCUUCGGGCACGCUCUAGCCGGCAGGCUGCACUCGCUGGGAUUCAUCGUCUUCGCGGGGUGCUUAGACUGCAAGGGCCAAGGGGCUGUUCAACUGACCCAAGAGGCCAGGCGAGUCGAGGGAUGUGGCAACAAGGAUCCCUGCAAACGCAUGAAGGUACUUCAGAUGGAUAUCUGUAAAGAUGAGGAGGUUGUUGAAGCUGUCAGGAUCGUGACAAGAUUGUUGCGUAAAGAUGAAGGCUUGUGGGCACUGGUAAAUAACGCUGGUCUGUCGACAUUUGGCGAGGUGGAAUGGUGCAGUCUGGAGGUAUUCCAGCGGAUGGCUGAGGUGAACGUGUGGGGAGGAAUCAGGGUCGUCAAGGCGUUCCUGCCUCUCAUCAGAAAAGCAAAAGGUCGGAUUGUCCAGAUGACCAGCGGAUUGGGUCGUCAAGCUCUCCUAGGCCGAUCCUGCUAUGUCGUGACCAAGUACGCCAUGGAAGGCUUCAGCCAGUGCCUUCGCUACGAGAUGCGACGCUGGGGCGUGAGCGUCAGCAUCAUCGAACCGGGGAACUUCAUCGCAGCCACGGGCAUCUUCACCCAGGAGCGGAUCCGCCAGAUCGCCAGCCAGAUGUGGGAAGGGGCCAGCGAGGAGACACGGCAGGCUUAUGGGAAGGAGACCUUCGAUACCCAGGUGGAGAGAAUGAGCUACUACAGCCAGGUCGGUACUACGGACCAGAGUCCUGUCAUCAACGCCAUGGUGGCGGCCAUCACUGAUAGACGGCCUAAGAUUCGCUAUGAGCCUAAGGACUGGUACUGGCGAGUACGCACGUUCAUUAUGACGAUACUUCCGCAGGAAAUUGGGGACUGGGUGUAUCAUCAGUGAUGGCAGAUUUCUGCCAUUGUUUCCAAAGUGACGAUUCUUUUUUGUAAAAGUAAUGAGAAAAUCUCACAAAGAAGACAACUUAACGAACGCAGUCAUUAGACUUUGUGGCUGUGUAAUAAACCAAAUUUACAUUUUGCGCUGUCCCGAAUUUUUGAGGGAAUAUGUUUUCAGUGACCGAUGACAAUCACAGCGGAAACAAAUUGCAGCAUUUCAGUUAAGAAAUAACAGAGAAUAAUUGAUGGGAGAAUAACAACAAUUGUUUAAGCAACUCACGCAAAAGAUUUGAAAUGUCCCAAUUUCAACAAAACACACAUGAAUGCAGGCCUAUGCCCCUUUACAUAAUUAUGUAAAAAAAAAAAAACCACACACACACAAUUCAAACAUAUGACAACAAUGCAUUGAUUUAUUCACUAGCUUUCGUAAGAAAUUAAAGAUCAUCUUCUCAUUCGACAAAAAAAAACCAUUAACGGAUUGUUUUCCCGCUAUUAAAUUUGAGGGAAAAAACACUUCUGUUUUUAAGCUCUGGCAGGAGCGUCUAUAAGACCUUAGGGCCUAGUCACUCUGGUGUCGGUCUGUCGCCGAAAAAUUGACCAAAAAUGUUUCACAAAAAAAAUAGCAAAUGCCAUGCCGUCGUCAGUAGGAAUCUACUCUAACAAAUUAUUUGUAACCAUUCGUAAAGUUGUUAAUGAACAUUUUGUAAACGGAGGCAAGAUAUGUGCAGUAUUGUUGCAGUCACGUGGUAUUUUCUGUAGUGGUUGGACGGUAUCCAGAAGGAGGGAAUGAAAAUUGACGAAAGGUAUGGUGUUCCAUAUUUGCCAUCGGCGUCGCAUUUUGCUUCAGAGCUUGUUCUCUCCCAGUUGUUUUUUUUUUGUCAACACUUGGGUCCUCCGUUAACCACAUGGUCGUUUGGUUGCAUGGAGAAAUGAAAGGGGCAGCAUCAUAAUGAUAUUGUUUUAAGCAACGUUAGUAAUUAUUAAGAAACAAACACGCCUAUCUUGACCAGUGGCGCACCCAGGAUUUGGCUGGGGGGCUCACAAUUUUUUUCACAUUUUGUUGAAUUU